GUCGGUGAGGAGGCCCACGAUGUCGUUCAUUGGGCGCGAAGUCCGCGAAACGGCCAAGAGACCUCCUGCCUCCUCUGCUCGUUUGCGCCCCUCUUCUGCUGAUCCGCUUACGUAGCCAGAUCAAUCUGGCUCCUGUCCAGGGUCAAGAAUUGCCCCCGUGUGAUUGCAACUGCUUGGCUGCCGCGAUGGCCCUCAAGCGCAUCCAGAAGGAGCUGACCGAUCUGGGUAAUGACCCGCCCGCGAGCUGUUCGGCUGGGCCUGUCGGAGACGACCUGUUCAAUUGGCAGGCUACCAUCAUGGGCCCCCCCGACUCUGCUUACACGGGUGGCGUGUUCUUCCUGAACAUCAAUCCAGAUUUUCCCUCCGACUACCCGUUCAAGCCUCCGAAGGUGCACUUCACGACGAAGAUCUACCACUGCAACGUCAACUCCAACGGCGCUAUCUGCCUCGACAUCCUGAAGGACCAGUGGAGCCCCGCGUUGACCAUCUCCAAGGUGCUGCUCUCCAUCUCGUCGCUCCUCACCGACCCGAACCCGAACGACCCCCUGGUGCCGGAGAUCGCGCAGGCGUACCUGAAGGAUCGCGCGAAGCACGACCACACCGCCCGCGAGUGGGUCCAGAAGUACGCCACCUGAACGGGCGGCGACCUUCCCCUUCCCCGCCAGUAGUCUUGCGAUGGCGCGGCCCGCGAGAGGGUCCAGAGGUGCGCCACCUGAGGAGGCGGCGGCCUUCGCUGCAGCAGUCUUGCGAUGCGUAGUGCUAUGAAUUUGAGAUUCGAUAUCCUAGAGGGGAUUGCCGCCUCUGGCAAUACACGCUGUGCACAGGUAUGCGCUCAGACAGACGAGCAGUACAGCGUGAUGCCCCGGCUCGUCGCGGGUGCAUGCUAUCCACCGGCUCUCCAGCCCGUGCGUCCCCCCCUCCUCCGGGAGGUCCGUACGUGCAAAGGCGCAUCCUUGCAGGGCGGUGGCAGCUGGCCCGCCUCUUUUUCCUCCUCCUCCUCCUCCUCCUCCUCCUCCUCCUCCUCCUCCUCCUCCUCUUCCUCCUCAGCCCUUCGGGGUGGAGGCGCUCGCGGCGGGGCGGUCACAGCCCCGCGGGGCUUUCACGUGCUUCGACACUCCGGUCGGCCAUCCGUUCCCUUCACGGGCAACGGCCGCGAAUAAAACAAGUGCGCUCGAGGCGACGAUGCAGCAGAUAGUAUGGAAAUAGAUGGCGAAUCCUCAGAUAUGUG